AGUACACACACACAUCAAUUGUUAGAGUCACAUAGAAAGACACAUAGAAUCUAUCUCAUCUCCCCUCGCUCUGUUUGCAAUAUGAUCCGCAGUCACUUUGACCUGGACGAUAUCGGCGCCGCGGAAGAACUCGUCCCCGUGACGUUCACCGUUCCGUCCUUCAACAUGGGGAAAGACCUCACAGUGCGCACCGUGGAAGGGGAGGCGGUGAACGAGGUGGCUGCGGGCUGCAUCACGGCCAUGCCGCUAUGGGCAGCAGGCGCCCUUCGCGCAGACGGCUACGUCAGCGUGCACGCCCCACACAAGUUCUCCCUUGCCACCUUUCGCGAGUUUAAAACCGAUCCGCUGGCGCCCAGUCUGCAUCGCAAGUCUCCUUACUUCUACAAAGCUGGUCUGCAGCUGUGCCGUCUGCUGAGCAACCCCACAUCCAAUGGGCAUAUGAGCGCGGAGGGCAACCGGCUUGCGGCCCAGCUCUUCCGUCUCUACCAGCUCCGCUACCUUCGCAUCAUCUUUGCGGCCGCGAAGAAAGGCUUUGACCUCAACGACGUGCGGGACAAGUUGGAGGAGUCCGAGCGGAACCUCCUCGACGCCUACCUGCGUGGCCAGGCUGAGGAGGCGGUGUGGUAUGCUAGCUUUACGUAA